UUUCUAUGUUGGCCUUGGGACAUCUAUACCAAGAUAAGACCGCACAAGUUGCCCCCCUUUCAGACAUGGCGGCGAUGCCAAACUGAGAGCAUCGUGUCUUGUAUAAUUCGACGAUUUUACUUUGAAAAGAGUAAGUUUGAUAGACAAAUUUUAUUCACACGUGAACCGAUCCCAGGCCCGGUCAGUUGGUGCAAAAAAUGACGAAGACCUCGCUUAUUUUAGAAGAUGGGACAGUCUAUGAGGGCAGCUGCUUUGGAGCUGAAGACAGCGUGCCUGGUGAAGUUGUAUUUCAGACAGGCAUGGUUGGUUAUGCAGAGUCACUUACAGAUCCAUCAUACAGAAAACAAAUUCUCGUGCUUACAUAUCCACUGAUAGGGAAUUAUGGGAUACCAGAGGAAGAGGUUGAUGAUUUUGGUCUCAUUAAAUGGUUUGAAUCAGAUCAGAUACAUGUGGCAGCACUGGUUGUUGGUGAUGUUACAGAGGAAUACAGUCACUGGAGUGCUGCAAAGUCUUUGUCUAAAUGGUUGGAAGAUCACAAUAUCCCUGGCAUUUAUGGAGUAGAUACUCGAAGUUUAACAAAGAAGAUUCGACAGACUGGUACAAUGCUUGGUAAACUAAUUGUUAAAGGGACAGAUCCAGAUUCUGUUCCGUUUAUGGACCCGAAUGAUCUUCACCUUGUGAAAGAAGUCUCCAUAAAGGAGCCAAUAUCAUACAACAGUGGAGGAGAUGUGAAGAUAGUUGCUCUAGAUUGUGGUAUAAAGUACAACCAGAUAAGAUGUUUGUGUGAGCGUGGGGCCAGUGUUACUGUCGUGCCUUGGGAUAACCCACUCAACUUGAAAGAUUUUGAUGGUCUGUUUUUGAGCAAUGGUCCAGGCAAUCCAGAAAUGUGCGAGUUGGCCAUAGGAAACAUUAGAGAGGUUGUGAACUCUGAGAACAUGAAGCCUGUGUUUGGUAUCUGUCUGGGCCAUCAGUUACUGUCGCUAGCCAUAGGAGCAUCUACACAUAAAAUGAAAUAUGGGAACAGAGGACACAACCAACCCUGCACUUAUUGUGGAUCCAUCCGUUGUUACAUUACUACACAGAAUCAUGGCUUUGCAGUGGAUGCUUCCACUUUACCUGAGGGGUGGUCAGCAUUGUUCACAAAUGCCAAUGAUAAAACAAACGAGGGUGUGGUACACGAUAGCAAACCUGUAUUCAGUGUGCAGUUUCAUCCAGAACAUAUGGCAGGGCCUCGUGACUUGGAACAUUUGUUUGAUGUAUUCCUAGAUCAAGUGAGGGCUUUUAAACAAAUGAGAUACAGUCCUACCAUCAAGGAAAGGUUACAUGGUGUGUUGAGAAGCCCAGUUCCAGUCUCGGAGAUUAUAACGGAAAGACCGAGAAAAGUUCUCUUGUUGGGCUCUGGUGGACUGUCCAUUGGACAGGCAGGAGAAUUUGAUUACAGUGGGUCACAGGCAAUUAAAGCAUUAAGAGAGGAAGGUGUCCAGACAGUACUGAUCAAUCCAAACAUUGCCACAGUGCAGACAUCUAAAGGGAUGGCAGAGAAAACAUAUUUUCUACCUUUAACACUUGAAUAUGUAUCACAGGUUAUCAGAAAUGAGAGACCUGAUGGUAUACUGCUAACAUUUGGUGGUCAGACGGCACUGAAUUGUGGAGUCCAGCUGACAAAUGCCGGGAUACUGGACAAGUAUAAUGUCCGAGUCUUGGGUACGCAAGUCAAGUCUAUUGAGUGGACAGAGGACCGGAAGGUGUUUGCGGAAAAAAUGGCUGAGAUUAAUGAGCAUGUGGCACCGAGUGAGGCGGCAUUCAGUGUUGAUCAGGCUGUGAAAGCUGCUGGUAGAAUUGGUUACCCUGUGUUGGUGCGGGCAGCAUUUGCCCUGGGUGGGCUUGGAUCAGGGUUUGCAGAGAACGAGGAAGAACUGAUGAACCUUGUGACUGCAGCAUUUGCUCACACAAGUCAGGUGUUGAUAGAUAAAUCACUGAAAGGCUGGAAAGAAGUGGAAUAUGAAGUGAUACGAGAUGCAUAUGACAAUUGUAUUACGGUAUGUAACAUGGAGAACGUUGAUCCUCUGGGUAUCCACACUGGAGAGUCUAUUGUUGUGGCCCCUAGUCAGACUCUUACAAACGUAGAGUACAACAUCCUCCGGUCCACGGCCAUCAAGGUGAUCAGGCAUCUGAGGAUUGUGGGAGAAUGUAACAUACAGUAUGCCCUUAACCCAGAAUCUCAGGAGUAUUUCAUCAUUGAAGUAAAUGCCCGUCUAUCAAGAAGUUCCGCUCUAGCCAGUAAAGCUACAGGAUACCCUCUGGCGUAUGUAGCGGCAAAACUGUCACUCAACAUUCCUCUGUCAGAAUUGAAGAACUCAGUUACAAAUUCUACAACUGCUUGCUUUGAACCAAGUCUGGAUUAUUGUGUAGUAAAAAUUCCUAGAUGGGAUUUGAGGAAGUUUUCCCGGGUUUCAUGUAGAAUUGGCAGUUCUAUGAAGAGUGUAGGAGAGGUGAUGGCUAUAGGUCGGAGGUUUGAGGAGGCAUUCCAGAAAGCUCUGAGGAUGAUGGAUGAAUCACUGCUCGGGUUUGAUCCACACAGUAUGGAGGCGUCUGACUCCGAAUUGAACGAGCCUACAGAUAAAAGGAUCUUAGUUCUGGCAGCGGCCCUUCAGGCAGGUUACAGUAUCGACAGAUUAUAUGAGCUGACCAAAAUAGACAGAUGGUUCCUGCACAAGUUUAAAAACAUCACAAAUAUAUACAGUAGUCUGCAAGAAUACAAAGGAAAGGCUAACCAGAUACCAUAUGAGAUGAUGAAAAGUGCCAAACAACUUGGCUUCUGUGAUGAACAGAUUGCGCGUUCCAUUGAAAGCACAAACUUUUUAGUGAGACAGAUUCGGCGACAAAACGGAAUCACGCCAUAUGUUAAACAGAUAGACACAGUAGCUGCGGAGUGGCCUGCCCAGACCAAUUAUCUCUACCUUACAUAUAAUGCCUCUGACCAUGAUCUAAGCUUUAAUGGUGGGCACAUUAUGGUGUUGGGAAGUGGUGUGUAUAGAAUUGGAAGUAGCGUAGAAUUUGAUUGGUGCGCUGUGAACUGUAUCAUGGAACUUAGAAAGAUGGGGUACAAGACAAUAAUGGUUAACUACAACCCAGAGACAGUGAGUACAGACUAUGACAUGUGUGAUAGACUCUACUUUGAUGAAAUCUCCUUUGAGACUGUAAUGGACAUUUACAUGCUUGAGAACCCGGAGGGAAUCAUUCUCUCUGUCGGUGGACAAUUACCCAAUAAUAUAGCAAUGCCUUUACAGAGAAAUAAGGCUAGAAUUCUUGGUACAACACCGGAAAUGAUUGACAAUGCUGAAAACAGAUUCAAAUUUUCACGUAUGUUGGACAACAUGGGUAUAAGCCAACCAAGAUGGAAAGAACUCUCUACAAUAGAGAGUGCAAAACAGUUCAGUGAUGAGGUUGGAUUCCCUUGCCUGGUCCGACCCUCCUAUGUGCUGAGUGGAGCUGCCAUGAAUGUAGCGCAUAAUCACGCUGACCUGGAGAACUACCUGUCACAAGCCAGCGCUGUCUCUAAGGAACACCCCGUCGUCAUCUCCAAGUUUAUCCUUGAAGCCAAGGAGAUAGACGUGGAUGCUGUAGCGAGUGACGGAGAAGUUGUGUGUAUGGCUGUCUCGGAACAUGUGGAGAAUGCUGGAGUACAUUCAGGGGACGCAACUCUUGUCACACCACCACAAGAUCUUAACGAGGAAACUCUUGCCAAGAUAAGGUUGAUUUGUUGUGCUAUAGGUCGUGCUCUAGAAGUAACAGGACCAUUCAAUAUACAGCUUAUUGCUAAGGAUAAUCAGCUGAAGGUCAUUGAGUGCAAUGUAAGAGUGUCAAGGUCAUUUCCUUUUGUAUCAAAGGCACUUGACCAUGAUUUCAUUGCCAUGGCAACCAGGGUGAUAAUGGGAGAGGUUGUAGAUCCUAUCAACGUACUUCAUGGUGUUGGACGGGUUGCCUGCAAGGUGCCUGUAUUUUCAUUCUCACGUCUCCAAGGAGCUGAUGUAUUGCUGGGUGUGGAGAUGGCCAGCACUGGGGAGGUGGCAUGUUUUGGCGAGAACAGAUAUGAGGCGUACCUUAAAGCACAGUUAGCAACAGGAUUUAAGAUUCCAAAACAAAAUAUUUUGGUGUCCAUAGGGAGCUACAAGCACAAAAGUGAGCUUAUUCCAACAAUGAGGACCUUAGUUGACCUAGGUUAUACACUGUAUGCCAGUAUGGGAACUGCAGACUUCUAUAAUGAACAUGGAUUUAAGGUGAAGCCUGUUGACUGGCCCUAUGACGACUUCAAUGCUGAUGACAAAAUGAACGGGAACCAGCUUACUAUUGCAGACUACCUGGCCGAGAACAAGUUUGAUCUUGUGAUUAAUCUCCCUUUACGAAGUGGCAGCCAGAGGGCGUCGUCUUUUGUUACCCAGGGUUACAAGACAAGAAGAAUGGCAGUAGAUUAUUCAGUCCCACUGAUCACAGAUGUGAAGUGUACUAAACUGAUAGUGGAGGCUCUGAGAAGGUUGAAGACAGCCCCGCCAAUGAAGACUCACAUUGAUUGCAUAGCUUCACAGAGAGUUGUAAAACUGCCAGGACUGAUUGAUGUGCAUGUACAUGUUCGGGAACCAGGUGCAACCCAUAAGGAAGACUGGAGCUCUUGCACGGCUGCUGCGCUGGCAGGUGGAGUUACCAUGAUACUUGCCAUGCCAAAUACCAACCCACCAACAGUUGAUGAGGCUGCCUUUGCUUUGACACAGAAACUGGCAAGAUCCGGAGCACGUUGUGACUUUGGUGUGUUCGUAGGCGCAAGUAGAGACAACUAUACCAGUCUACCAUCUAUAGGAAACAUGGCCGCUGCCCUAAAGAUGUACCUGAACGAAACUUUUACAACACUGAAGCUGGACGAUAUAUCAGUCUGGAUGAAGCAUUUUGAACAUUGGCCCAAAAAUUUGCCUCUUUGCACACAUGCUGAGGGGACCCACACGGCAGCUGUUAUACUGUUAGCGGAGCUGUACAAGAGACCCGUACACAUCUGCCAUGUGGCACGCAGGGAUGAGAUAUUAGUGAUAAGAGCAGCAAAGGAGAGAGGAAUACAGGUGACAUGUGAGGUGGCUCCACAUCAUCUCUUCUUGACCUCAGAUGACCUUGAUAAUAUAGGUCAGGGUCAGGGACAGGUCAAACCACCACUGGUUACUAAGGAAGAUCAGGAGGCAUUGUGGGAAAAUAUGGCAAUUAUUGAUUGUUUUGCUACAGAUCAUGCUCCACAUACAAGUGAGGAGAAGAACAGCUCUAAACCGCCACCAGGAUUUCCAGGUCUCGAGACAAUGUUACCCUUGCUUCUAACAGCUGUCAAUGAAGGCAGACUCACAAUGGAGGACUUGAUUGAAAGAUUGUACACAAAUCCGAAGAAGAUAUUCAACUUACCUGACCAGCCCGAUACAUAUAUUGAAGUGGAUCUCGAUACAACAUGGAUCAUUCCAAAGGCCAUGAAGUUCAGUAAGGCACAGUGGACUCCGUUUGCAGGUCGAGGUGUGACAGGAAUGGUCCGCAGAGUUGUCCUGCGAGGGGAGGUGGCCUAUAUUGAUGGAGAGGUGUUAGCCAAGCCAGGCUUUGGUCAGGAUGUUCGAUGUAUGCCAAUGAAGCCCACGGCUCCUGUUCAAGACCAGUUGUCCAUUGCUAUACCAGUUGUGUCACGUCCUCCAUCUGAGCCCCCAAGUCCAGUACGAAGACUUUUACCAGACAGAUACACUUUCCCAUCUGUUCCUAAACCCACCAGGGUGGUGGAUAUGCACAAUUUAUAUGAGAGAUCAGAUGGGCAACAUAUUCAUGGUACAAGUAUGCAUGAUGUAACAGCACCAUUACGUCAUGGAUCAGAAUGUUCUGUUUCACCGUCUAAGGACCUGAGAGAUUCUGCACGUGGGGAUGUCGGGGAUGGAGCUCGCCGAGACCUGGGUUUCUCACCACAGCAUAUACCACAGGUGCAGUCAGUAGCUAUGCCACAUAUCACCCCAGGGCUGACAGGCCACCAUGUUCUCUCAGUAACUGCAUUUAACAGAGAUCAGUUACAUCAGCUGUUCAACCUGGCUCAUCAUUUCCGUGCUGCAGUACAGAGAGACAGACCACUAGACUAUAUCCUUAAGGGUCGAGUGAUGGCCUCCAUGUUCUUUGAAGUAAGUACGAGAACAAGUUGUUCAUUCUCAGCUGCCAUGCACAGACUCGGAGGCUCUGUCAUACAUUUUGAUGAAGCUUCUUCAUCAGUGAAGAAAGGAGAGUCACUGGAUGACACUGUUCAGACAAUGUGUGGAUACAGUGACGUACUUGUCAUCCGCCACCCAGUACCAGAUGCUGUACAGAGCUCCGCCAAUAACUGUCUCAAACCCGUCAUUAAUGCAGGUGAUGGUACUGGGGAGCACCCAACCCAGGCAUUGCUGGAUGUGUUCACGAUCAGAGAGGAGAUUGGAACUGUCAAUGGUUUAACUAUAACGAUGGUUGGAGAUCUGAAGAAUGGACGUACAGUUCACUCCUUGGCUCGACUAUUAACCAACUACCGUGUCAACAUUCGAUAUGUCUCACCACCAAGUUUGAAGAUGCCUACGGAAGUAGUUAAUUAUGUCUCCAGCAAAGGUACCCACCAGGAGGAGAUGGUUUCUUUGGAAGAUGCUCUACUCGAUACAGACGUUCUGUACAUGACCCGCAUACAAAAGGAACGGUUUAAGUCUGAGGAAGAGUACGAAAAGGUGUGCGGGCAGUUUAUUGUAACACCAGAAUUGAUGACAAAGGCAAAGAAACGUAUGGUUGUAAUGCAUCCAUUGCCGAGGAACUUUGAAAUCAGCCCUACGUUCGAUACUGACCCAAGGGCAGCAUACUUCAGGCAGGCAGAGAAUGGCAUGUAUGUGAGAAUGGCUCUGCUAGCAUUGGUCCUUGGGAAGUGCUGAAAUGUUGAAAGUAUGGAUACAAGGUUGUAAAACUCAGUUUGAGGACCAGUCUCAAAAUUCAGCUUUGUUAUUGGUCAUUUUCAAAUUGAGCUGAGAAUUAACCUAUCAAAGGCUUGAAAUUUUAGACUGGUUUUAAAACCUUGGUCCCUGAGGUCUUUAAAACAGGAAGUGAUCUCAACAUGUGGUUAGAGGUCUUACCAAAGACAUCUGUUUGUACAAAAAAAGAUACAUUUCUUUGGAACUGAAUAUUA